CCCACGAGCACGUAGCAUUUAAUCUCAUCAAUAGGUUAAAGAGGUCUAGUGCUAUCUCUAGUGUUUGAUUUCUGUCUACAUUGGAAAGAUUGCUGCAUAAUAUUUGUGUAGUUGGAAGUUGUCUCCCUUAGAAACAUGUGGUUCCUUUUGAUAUUGCUAGUGCUCGUGUUGGUCGCGUACCUGGAUACAAGAAAACCCAAAAAUUUUCCACCGGGUCCUGCCUGGUUUCCACUUAUAGGAUGCGCCUGGCAACUGCAUCGGCUGCGCAGGAGAAUGGGCCACUUGACAAAAGCGUCGCAAGAACUGGCAGCGAAGUAUGGGCCUUUGGUCGGGGUGCGCAUUGGACGCGAGCGUGCUGUUUUUGUUUAUGGAUUGCAGGCGAUUGAGGAAAUGUACACGAGAGACGAGCUCAAUGGGAGACCUAUCGGCUUAUUGUCCACGAGCAGAACCGGCGGCACCCGCAAAGGAAUUAUAUUCACCGACUCGGAGUUUUUUCAAGAGCAAAAAAAGUUCUUGCAAAGAGAAUUGAAGCAAUCUGGAUUUCGUAAGGAGAUAUUGAUGGAAAACAUCCAAAGGGAGGUGCGAGCUAUAAUCGAUAACGUCAAAAGGAAGAUCAAGGACAAUUGUGCUGUUACAAGUGAUAGAUUGUUUGGAGAGCAACUUCUGCAAUCGGUUUGGGUUUUGAUGGCAGGCAACGAGAGCCACUUAGACGAUCUUGGAGCGAGCGAAUUGCACAGAGUAAUGGUGGACCUUUCACAUAGUACGUCAUUGUCUUGCACGGCAUUUAGUAAUUUUCCGUUUUUAAAAUACAUUUGUCCUGAUUAUUGUGGAUAUAAUCCGUACGUCAGAGUUAAUAGAACGGUUAUAGAAUUUUCAAGUAAAAUGAUACAGGGCUUGAGAAAAACUGGCAGCCCCAACGCAAGUUUAAUUCGCGCUUAUUUGGAAACGAUGGAUUCGGUGGGAAAAAGCAAUUUCACUAUGGAUCAAUUGAUGGGAAUAUGUUUGGAUAUAUUUACAGGGGGAUUUGAGACGACCAACAACACGCUUUGCUUUGCAAUGUACUACGUCGUGGUUCAUCCAGAUUUUCAGACGAAAGCCCAGGAUGAACUUGAUCGUGUUGUUGGGAGAGAGAGACUACCCACUUUGGAAGACAAACCACAGUUGCCUUACGUAGAGGCUGUAGUUCUAGAAUCCUUGAGGAUGUUUACAGGCAGGUCCUUUCUCAUACCGAGGAGGGCGAUGAAAGACACCACGUUUAACGGCUACUUUAUUCCAAAGGAUACCGUUCUGUUUGGAAACUCGAGGGGAACGUUCAUGGAUCCAAAUUCCGGAUGGCCAAAUACAAGUGUCUUCAAUCCCGAACGUUUUAUGAAGGACGGUAGCCUAAACGUACCCGACGGUUUUAUACCGUUCGGAAUAGGGAAGAGAAGAUGCCUGGGUGAAGUUUUUGCCAAGGCGAAUCUUUUUCUAAUUAUCGCCGGUCUGCUGCAUACGUUCAAUUUUAGACCCGUCCCGGGCGAUCCACCGCACUUUGAGGUUAUGGAGGGCCUUACUGCAGGAGUCAAGCCCUUCAAAAUGAUCGUUAGCUUAAGAUAAUUAAUGUGUUGCUCCACUCUGUAAAUAUGCAUCAGAUGUUUGUAAAUUAGUUUCAAGGGCCUCUAGGAUCCUUUAGUCUAAAAGCUUAGUUGGGGUCAACAAUGCCUCCCAGAGCAAAGUUUUUGAUUCUUUUUCUAUCCAAUAAAAGUCUUUAGGAAAAUUAAAGGGCAUUUCUCA